GAGCUGACCUGCCAAGGGCCUGCUUCAGUCUUGGAGCGAGGACCUCGUGCCUGAAUAGCUCAGGUAUGGAGCACCUUGUCUCACAUUCUAAACAGAGCGCACGUUUCAGUGACUUGGUGUCUCCAUAACGCGUUCGCGGUCGGGGAGCUGGCAGCGGGGGACGCGCUCCAGUGACCAGCCAUCAAGGUCUCCGGAGCGGCAGGAGGGCCACCGCCGCCAGGUAGACCGGUCCCGGACAGCGUCGUGGCCGAAAGCGCAGCCUCAGGAACGCGGGGCCCGAUCCCGCCUGCGCCACGGCCACAUCGGAAAGGGGGCCAGGGGCUUCCCCCGCCUCAACUCUGCGCCCUGAGCGCCCAAAGGAUCCGGUUCCCUUCCUGCUGCCUGGAUCUCGGCCCGCGCGGCGCGCAGUGCGGGCAGCCAAGAGGAGAACCUCAGCUCGCCUCCCCCCACCUCGCACGGCUGCGGGCCAGGGAGGUGGCGGGGGUGCCCGUUCUCCCCGGAUUCCUCGCGCGCACGGUCACGGGCGAAGCGGCCACAUCUGCCAGCCUUGGGCUCCGAGGCCGCCCCUCGUCACCCACUGCCGCGCCGGGCGCGCCUCCGGCCCCGCAGGGCAGCACCCGGUGGCGGCCAGCUCCCGCCAGUCCGCCCUGCCCGGCGUGCCCCCGCCGCCGCGCCCUCUCUGGCACCGCCUCCUUCUGUAAAUACAGCGGCGGCCCGCCCUCCGCAACCGGACGCGCAGGUGGAAACGCGCGGUGCGGGCCGCCACCGGAGGCCGCGCCCAGCCGGGUGCCCACGGCCAGCGCCGCCCCGCCGAGCGCCCACCCCGAGGCCGGUGCCAGCGCCCGGGACGCGCGCUGGCGCAGGUAGCGCGCACGCAGGACGAAGCCUCAGAGCUGUUGAAACCACUGGAGGGAAGGAAAUCCAUCCUGCCUGGUUCUGGGGAAGGGGCUUCUUCUGGCCAUGUCUCCUGUAGCUGCCGCUGAGCCAGACGGGGUCCAGCGAGACAGGCGUGUCAGCAAGCUCAUUUUCUUCCUUUUUGUCUUUGGUGCCAUCCUGUUGUGUGUGGGAGUCCUGCUCUCCAUCUUUGGGUUCCAGGCAUGCCAGUACAAAAUCUUCCCAGACUGCAGCAUGGUGCUGAAGGUCGCUGGGCCUGCCUGUGCCGCGGCUGGGCUUGGGGCUGUGAUCCUGGCCCGCUCGCGGGCACGACUUCAGCUCCGUGAGGGGCGCCUGCGGGGCAGUCAGGCGGACCCCGACCGAGCCUUCAUCUGUGGAGAGAGCCGCCAGUUUGCCCAGUGCCUCAUCUUCGGGUUUCUGUUCUUGACGAGUGGCAUGCUCAUCAGCAUUCUGGGCAUUUGGGUCCCCGGCUGUGGUUCAGACUGGGCGCAGGAACCCCUGAAUGAGACAGACACUGCCGACGUGGAGCCCCGGAUCUGUGGAUUCCUGUCCCUGCAGAUCAUGGGGCCCUUGAUUGUACUCAUGGGACUGUGUUUCUUUGUGGUUGCCCACGUUAAGAGAAACAACUUGAAUGAGGGCCAGGAUGCCUCCGAAAGUGAAGACAGACAGACGCAGAGCACGGAGCCCGUCCAUGUCACCGUAGGUGAUGCCGUGAUAGUAUUCCCACCCCCACCACCACCUUACUUUCCCGAGUCUUCAGCUUCUACAACUCCGAGUCCUGGGGCUAAUGGUUUGCUUCCAAAUGAAAAUCCGCCUUCAUAUUACAGUAUUUUUACCUAUGGUAGGACCCCAACUCCUGAGGGCCAAGGCGCGGCCUCCGAGAGAGAUCAUGAAUCUAUAUACACCAUUUCUGGGACUGCUUUGGCCUCUGAGAUCUCAAUCACUCCGCAUCUCUCCUCUGAACUGCCUCCCAGAUACGAAGAAAAAGAAAUGGCAGCAGCCACAACCUCAUCUCCAUCUUCUGAGCCUUCCCCACCGUGAACUCUGGACUCCAGUUCCAUUUUCUAUAAAAUUGAUCACUGUUUUAUUUAAUUUGUUUUUUAAUAAAAAAAAUACA